GAUUGUUGAGCCCAAAUGGUGAGUAUGAUCUUGCUGAUAUCUACGAGAGUUGGAACCUCAGUGGGCACUGGAUUAUACGGCGCCAGUUCUUGAUAAAUCUUGUUUGUCAUUGCUUCACUAUAUAUGCGUUCUAUAUGGGUGCCAUAUUUUGGCCCCCUGAGUUCCCUGAAGGAAGCGGAGCUUCUGCUUUGGUUCCCGUCUUCUUAUCAUUAUUUUUCUAUGGCCUUUUGGGUCGAAAGAAAAGUAAUGCAUAUGGUUUUCUUGUUGGAGGCACCAGCGGUUUUCUCAGUGGUGUGUGUUCCAUAAUGAGCACAAAUCAAUGGGUGAUGCUUCUGCUGCUGGCGAUAUCAUGCUGUGGACUUCUCACUCCGGUAAUACAACUUCCUGACAAAUGGUAUGACGGGCCCGGAGUGUUCAAGUUCAUAGUGGUGUACCUGACGAAGAUUACGAGUUACAUGGCUGCCUGUGUUUUGGGCACCGUUGCUCCACUGCUGGGAUGGCGUAGACAAGCCCUUUUACUUGUGGGAUCGAUUGCUGCAAUUGUCCAGGGGAUGCUGAUUCAUUUCUACAUGUUGCAGUCUCCACUAGAAAUGCUAUUUGGUCGCUCCGAUAGGUUGGUAGAAAUGGAUAUGGAUGAGCGGCUUGCUGUGCGCCAAGAGAAGACCAUUGAAGCUUUGAGGGAGUUUGCCAAGGCUACAGGGAAUACUUUACCAAAAAAUCUGAAGAGCUUCAUAAAACCUCAGAGUUGUCAUAUCUGAGCGAAUUGUCUAGAUGAGAGGCUAGAAAAUUGUCUUUUAUGAGAGGCUGAACCAAUAAAUUUAUGGUUAGUUUCGUAA